CAGUAUAAGAAAGCAGAACAUUUGCUUCAGAAACUCUUCAAGGGACGAAUUAGUGACUGCAGGAAUAAGAAGGCAGAGAGCUGAGUAUCUUCUUGAACAAAGAUGACACUGGAAACAAUCAAUGCCACAGUGAUCCAGGGCUUCAACCGGUCUCAGCGAUGCCUAAGAGAUACUCGGAUAACACAGCUGGUGUUCCCAGUCCUCUACACUGUGGUUUUCUUCACUGGUGUCCUGCUGAACACUUUGGCCCUGUGGGUGUUCAUUCAGAUCCCCAGUUCCUCCACCUUCAUCGUCUAUCUCAAAAACACUUUGGUGGCUGACUUGAUAAUGACACUCACGCUUCCUUUCAAAAUCCUCUCUGACUCACACCUUGGACCCUGGCAACUCAGAGCUUUUGCGUGUCGUUUCUCUGCCGUAAUCUAUUAUGAGACCAUGUAUAUAGGCAUCAUGCUCCUGGGCCUUAUAGCCUUUGACAGAUUUCUCAAGAUCAUCAGACCCUUUGGAAAAUAUUUUAUUAAAAAACCUGUUUUUGCAAAAAUAGUCUCAACUCUCAUCUGGUUCCUGUUGUUCCUCAUCUCCCUGCCAAAUAUGAUCCUGAACAACAAGGCAGCAACACCAUCAUCUGUGAAAAAGUGUGCAUCCCUGAAGGGCCCUCUGGGGCUGAAAUGGCAUCGAGUCGUCAAUUACAUAUGCCAGUUUAUUUUCUGGACUGUUUUUGUCCUAAUCCUUCUGUUUUACAUGGUAAUUGCAACAAAAGUAUACAGUUCUUAUAAAAAGUUCAGAAGUAAGGACAGCAAAAACAACAGAAGGGUGGAGGGGAAAGUAUUUGUGGUAGUGGCAGUCUUCUUUCUGUGCUUCGCUCCAUUUCAUUUUGCGAGAGUUCCAUACACUCACAGUCAGACCAACAACACAACUGACUGCAAGCAAGAGAAUCAACUAUUCAUUGCUAAAGAAACAACUCUCUUUUUGGCAGCAACUAACAUUUGUAUGGACCCCUUAAUAUAUAUAUUCUUAUGCAAAAAAUUUACAGAAAGAUUGCCAUGUAUAAAAUGGAGAAAGACCACAGCAUCAAGCCAAGAACAUUGCAGCAGUCAUACAGACAAUAUAACCUUAGGCUGACAACUAACUGUGUGUGUGGCUAAUUUCUAUCUAGUAAUAAGAUUUCAAAGGGUCAUUUAUUUGGAAAUCAAAAUUAAGCAGCAAAAGAAAAAAUACUGUGUAAUAAAUGCUUUAUUACAUUACCCUAGCGUAUAGGAAAGACUGUAUAACUUAACUCCACAUGGAUCUAUCUGCUCAUAAGCAGAGUGAACUAACAUUGACAAUCCAACAAACAAAGCAAAUGGCCACUAGGGGUCAUCUUUUCAAGGUCAUUCAUUUAAUACCAUAAGAUUAGGAAAUGUUCAUCUCUAAAGAACCUCCUCUCCAAACAUCUCACAUAUAAUUUCAACAACACUACCUCCUUUAUAGCACUAAAAUGUUAAUAUCUGCUCAAACAAACUUAAACUUCCAAAGUUCAUCUAUGAAAGCUAGAGGCAGGGGUCGAAGCAGAUGCUAGGUAUGAAGAGUCUGAGGAUUCAAAGUGGGUCAAAAAAACCAUUGAAAUCCAGGGGAACAAGUUUCUCCUUAGGAUUACAAAGAGCCUCUUCCAUAUUGCAAUAGUACAUUAAUAAUACAGGAGGCACAGCCAACAUUAAAUCAUCCUGCUUAUACCCUUGGUGUACAUAAUUGAGGAGGAGAAUGCUUUGUUUUGCAGCAAAGCUUUUCUGGGCCACAGUGUCUACACCCCCACUCCACCACCACACUAGUUGAAAAUAAUUACUUCACCACUCUUUGGGUGCAUGUUAAGUUCCUCAUCACAGAUUUCCCUUUGCUAGUUAACUAUAGUUCUCGACUGCAUCUCUCAAUGAUAGUUAACAUUCUUAAAAGAUAAGUUUUCUUAAUAUCUUCCAAAGUACUUCCCACAGAUUAUGGAUUAUAGAUGUUUUAAAUAUAAUGUACUAUUCUUGGUACACAUAAGAAAUGUAGUUGUUGACCCAAAAUCAGUAAUAUCCACAUUAGGAGAUUCUUUUCAAAGUCUACUUACUCUUAUUUACUUCCAUUUUUCCUGAACCCUUUUGUUGGUUUGAAAAAAAUUUUUAAAGGCAAAUGUGGUUUUCUAGAAAUACAGGUGCUAAUUUAUAUGAUCUAGAAAAAAACACAUAAAGGAAGAAUCAUUCUCUGUAAAUGUGUAUGUCACCAGCUCCGAGGCAAUUGUCUUAAUGUAAAACCCAGGCCUCUCUCCUUUCACAGCCUCAAGGCCCCAAAGGCCACUGAACUUGCCUACCUUGCUGGAAUCACCUGCUAACUGAUUUUUCAUCCCUUGAACUUUAUACUCCUGCAUAAAACCACAACUGUCAGAAUGUGCUAUGCUUUUGCCCCUGAGCCAUUCUGAUCACCUAGAAAACUUAUCCCUCUGUGAAACCUAAGUUGUCAUCACUUGGUCUAUGGAAUCUCAUCUGGCCAAUCUCCCAUUACCACCUCAAAAUCAAUCACUCCAUCAUCUGUAUGCUGUCAUACCUUAACUACUGUACUCAUCACACUGCUUUGUAAUUACUUGCUGAAAUACAUACCUACUCUUAAAAAAACCUAUGUAUAUUUUUAUGGCAGAGGCUGCCUCACUGUGCAAUUAAUAAAUACUUCAUAAAACAAA